AUGCACUUCGAACAGCUGGUCAUGAGUCUGCUGCACGCAGCGCAGCGGUAUUCGUGGCGUAAUUUGUUGCUCCUGCUGAUCUUCAUGAAUUUCUUCGCGAUAAUUGUGAUGUUCUUUUCGCUGGAACGACGUUGCACCGCUGAUGCUCCACUGGACGUGCCCGAACCCCCGGCGAAAGUGAACAAGGCUCGGCUGUUCGAAAGAGCUUUCGACCUUCCGAAUAAUAUGGUUACGGCGAUUUUUCGAGAGUUCGAACCCUACGAACACGAUUUAGAGGAAACACUCUUGUCGUUCAAUUCGGUUUUCUCGAGGAUGCGGAUCCUUGUCGUUUCGGACGACGCUCUCUACCCGCCCCUACAGCAAAUACCCCAAACGGUGGAGAGCGUUCGACUUCAGAAAUACAUCUCGGAUUUUUCCAACAAUUCUCUAGCCGAUUACAUUCGGAACCAGUUCGUGCUCCUCGCUCCGGACAACGUCCGGCUCACUCAGCCGGUCAUUCUCACUGAGAUGGUGAAGUUCCUCAUCAAUAAUCCGGACCAGCUGGUAGCCGUCCCUGUGGGGGACGUGGAUUGUUUGCAGCUAAGGGUGGAACCCCGCCUAUGGAGUCUCUCCUAUAAGACGCUUCCUAAAUCGUCUUCCUUGUGUGAUGCAAUCUCGGGAGAACAUGCCGUCCUCCUACCGUCAAAAUUGCUCCUCAGCCUCCCCUUCGCGUUGGAGAGACCUCUGCCGGACUCUCUAUACAUCCAAACGACACUGCGCGGAAUAAAAACCCGAAUCAUUCAAGACGUUCACCUGAGCAAGCCUCUGAAGCGGCUCUUCGGGAAUGAACAUUUACGAGAGAAGAAAGUUCGGUACUACUCGUUCCACAAGCAAAUGUUAUAUCAGAAGUUCGGCGUCAAAAAAGUGACCCGUGAAGAUAAAAUCGUCGAGUGGUACGGAUGCCACAAGAAUAGCGAGCGAUGUUUCGGGACUGUGAUCAACGAGACUCCAGAUUACUUAUUCAAGAAACGCUGGACACCGCCGUGUUGUUUAGAAAAUCUCCGAGUGACCGCUCGUCACACCUUCAAGGUUCUGGAGGAAUUCCAAGUCAGGUACUGGCUCGAGGGGGGAUCGCUCCUCGGGGCCGCGAGGGCAGGCGAUAUCAUCCCGUGGGACUACGAUGUGGAUAUCGGAAUCUACGAGGAGGACCUUCCCCGCUGUCCGUGGCUGAAACUCGCAAAAGAAAAUAAACGACCUGUGGACCCGCAGGGUUUCAUCUGGGAGAAGGCGACGGAGGGAAGUUUCUACAGGGUACAAUUCUCAGCAAAGAAUAGACUCCAUGUCGAUAUUUUCCCGUUCAGAUCCAAGGGAGGGACGAUGACGAAAGACACUUGGUUUGAGACGCACCGCCAAGAUAGGGAAUUCCCAGAAUCUUACCUGAAGCCGCUGACUCGCAUACCGUUUGCCGGCGUCCACGCUUCUGCUCCGAAUAACGUCACCGGCUUCCUGGAGUACAAGUUCGGCAAAGGGGUGAUAACCAAAAAACAGUAUCCCAAUCCCGAAGUUUUGACGUACGAUGAAGCAUGAGAAGACUCGCACAAUCUCUUUCAUCGACUUUUCCUGACGCGAGAGGCGAGCACGAAUGUUAUUCAUCAAACAUUUCCCUCGGAGCUAUCCCUUCUCGACUUGGUAUUCGCC